GCAGUAGCAGUAAUAAUAUCAGCAAAUACUACAACUUCUACAACAACAUUAACAUCAACAACAAUAAAAAGCAUCACCAUGCGACUGGAUACAAAUUCAAAUGAAGAUUUCAAGCCGUUGGGUUCAACAUUUUGUUUAAUUAAACCAGAAACUUUACCCACCUGGGGUGGUUCAGCCAAAACAGAUACAAGACUGCCAAUAACUGAUUAUUCCACAAUAGGAGGCCCACGUCACAACUGCAGUCCCUUUCCCAUAUCCCGUGAUGUCAAUAAUCGUUUUAUCCUCUGGGACGGUGAUAUCGCCUCUCUAGAUGUGGACGUCAUAACCAAUACAACCGAUGAGACUUUAACCGAAAGCAAUAUAGUAUCGGAUCGUAUUCUAAGUGUAGCCGGUAAUCAAUUGAAAGAAGAUUUAGCUCACAAUGUUAGAGAAUGCCGUACCGGUGAAGUACGCGUUACAAAGGGUUACAAUUUACCCGCCAAAUAUAUUCUACACACAGUGGGGCCGUCAUUUAAGGAGAAAUUCAAAACUGCUGCUGAAAAUACUUUACAUUGUUGUUAUAGAAAUGUUUUAUGUAAAGCCAAAGAACUGAAUUUACGAACAAUUGCCGUUUGCAAUAUUAGCACCAAUCAGAAAUCUUUUCCAGCUGAUUUAGCCGCUCACAUUGCUCUAAGAACAAUUCGUCGUUUUUUGGAUAAAUUUACAACACAAGUGGUGAUAUUCUGUGUUAGUCCCCAUGAACGGGGUAUCUAUGAGGUGCUGGCACCUUUGUAUUUUCCUCGUGACAAUCUGGAGGAGCGCAGCGCAUUGUGGCAACUGCCGAAAGAUAUUGGCGGUGAAUAUGGUGAACCACAGCAUCCGGAUCGUCAGAUACGUAUAAUACGUAAUCCACAGCAUAGUGUUCUAAUGCGUCAUCAUGCUGACGACGAUUCGGAUAAUUGCCCACACGAUUUCGAAGGUGGUGGUUCGGAUCUAGAAUACGGUUUAUCCGAUUUUAAUGGUUUGCAUCUGAACUCGUACAGUGGUGGUAUGCAAGCAGAAAUACAGGCCGAUUUGGAUCGCCAACAUUUGUUGGGCGAUCGACCACGUAAUGGCGUCUACGAAAGUGUGGUUUCCGAUGGCAUUGAGGGCUUGGAACAUCAAGAAAGAUAUGAACGUCUCUUACAUCGUGCUCAAAAUGAAGAUCUAAGCGAAGUAUCCGGCAUUGGUUGUUUAUAUCAGAGCGGUGUUGAUCGUUUGGGCAGACCAGUGAUAGUGUUUUGUGGCAAAUGGUUCCCAGCACACAAUAUCGAUUUGGAAAAGGCCUUAUUAUAUUUGAUAAAACUCUUGGAUCCCAUCGUUAAAGGAGACUAUGUCAUCGCUUACUUCCACACAUUGACCACAACAAAUAAUUAUCCAUCAUUACAUUGGUUGCGUGAUGUCUACAGUGUAUUGCCUUACAAAUACAAAAAGAAUCUGAAAGCCUUCUAUAUUGUACAUCCAACAUUCUGGACAAAGAUGAUGACCUGGUGGUUUACAACAUUCAUGGCACCAGCCAUUAAAGCCAAAGUACACUCCUUGCCAGGCGUUGAACAUCUGUAUUCCGCAAUAACUAAAGAUCAAUUAGAAAUUCCCGCAUAUAUUACAGAAUACGAUAUGGCCACAAAUGGCAUACACUAUUUUACACCGCAAGCACAAACGACCACGUCAUAGACUACAAUUAUCAGACCAGAGGCUGUAUAAAAAUAAUAGCAACCCAAACGAAAAAAAA